UCAAUUCUCGAUUUUAGUAAAACCAGUGAUUCAUAAUUUUAUUACUUUUUAUACAAUGGUAACAGACGUGAAACCAAAACCACCUUAUAAAAUAGCGGAUAUAAAAUUAGCAGAAUAUGGAAGAAAAGAAAUUGAGCUUGCCGAAAAUGAAAUGCCGGGAUUAAUGUCAUUGAAGAAACGAUAUGGACACUCAAAACCUCUCAAAGGUGCUAAAAUUGCUGGUUGCCUCCAUAUGACAAUCCAAACUGCCGUUUUGAUAGAAACCCUGAUUGAAUUGGGAGCAGAGGUUCAAUGGUCUAGUUGUAAUAUAUUUUCAACUCAAGAUCAUGCUGCAGCUGCAAUUGCAAAAACAGGUGUUGCCGUGUAUGCCUGGAAAGGAGAGACAGAUGAAGAAUAUUUGUGGUGCAUAGAACAAACUUUAAUAUUUCCUGAUGGUCAACAACUUAAUAUGAUUUUAGAUGAUGGUGGAGAUUUAACUAAUUUGGUUCAUGAAAAAUAUCCAAACUUAUUAGCAGGUAUUGUAGGGAUUUCCGAAGAAACAACUACUGGUAUUAAAAAUGCUACCAUUAGGCUCGAGAAAGGAAACUUGAUGCUUCCCAUCAUCAAUGUCAAUGAUUCUGUCACAAAAAGCAAAUUCGAUAACAUGUAUGGCUGUCGUGAAUCCCUAUGUGACGGCAUUAAACGCGCUACGGAUAUAAUGUUUGCCGGUAAAGUAUGCUUAGUGGCUGGUUACGGGGACGUAGGAAAAGGUUCGGCUCAGUCUUUGAGAGGCCUAGGAGCCCGGGUCAUCAUCACUGAAAUCGAUCCUAUCAAUGCCCUUCAGGCGGCUAUGGAAGGCUAUGAGGUAAACACUAUCGAAAAUGUGGUGGGGCAGUGUUCCAUUUUUGUUACCGCAACUGGGUGCAAAGAUAUCAUAAGAGGCCCUCACUUCCUAAAAAUGCGGGACGAUGCUAUAGUGUGUAACAUAGGCCAUUUCGAUACAGAGAUAGACGUUAAGUGGCUCGAUGCCAAUUGCUCUGGAAAGACUAACAUCAAACCUCAGGUGGACAGAUAUCUCCUCCCAAGCGGUCGUCACAUUAUAUUACUCUGCCAAGGUAGGCUAGUAAAUCUAGGCUGCGCUACCGGUCACCCUAGUUUUGUCAUGAGCAAUUCAUUCAGUAAUCAGAUCUUGGCUCAAAUCGAACUUUGGACAAGGCGGAAGGAAUACAAAGAAAUGAAACCUGCUAUACAUUUGUUAUCAAAGAAAUUGGACGAAGAAGUAGCCAGAUCUCAUCUGGAUCAUUUAGGUGUCGUUCUAACCAAGCUAACCAAAGAUCAAGCCGAAUACAUUAAUGUGCCCUUGGAUGGCCCUUUUAAACCAGAAUUAUACCGAUAUUAAAUUUCUUAAAACACUUUUUUUUAAUAUUAGGAUAUACGGUAUUACAAAUGAAAUGUAAUUAUUUUUUUUUAAUCCUUUCAUUCGGUGAAUAAUUUAUGUAAGAUUAUGUUGUAUUCAAAAAAUAUUGUAUACUUAUUUUUAUCACCCCGAUUUGCCUUUAACACCAUUGAUCUAUGCAUAUUCAUUUAAGAUCAAAAACGAAUUUUUGAUUAUUCCUUUUUCUUUUAUUUAGGGGGAAGGUAAUAAAAUAUAUAUUUAAAUUUCACUGA